AUGUAUUGUUCCUUUUUGUUGAUUACAUUUUCGUUGUACUUUUUUGUGUCUUUAAGCGACGCUAUUGAUUAUGAAGACCCUAGUAAUUGUAGCCAUGUUUUGGAUCAAGGUCGAUUCUUGAUGUUUCCUAGUUCGAGCGUGCUUCAGUUUUCAAUGGCCACGGUAACAUCAGGUCCACUUUUCUUCCCAAAAAAGAAAUACCCGGCAAGACGUUUGGGUAUGAACCUUGGAUUCCAGGCUAACUAUCCGCUCCCGUAUAGAUUGCAAGAUUUCUAUAAAUUUCCAACAUGGGCCCGAGCCCUGGUUGACGUGGCGAAGGGAAGAUUCUUACCGACUGAGAUAGUCACCGCAAGGGCUAUUCGGAGAAGGAGCACCCCUAGGCCGCUGAGCGCUGGUGAUGUCUACACAGCACUAGAGGAAAUUUUGGAUUUUUCGGGAUAUGAUAAGGAUUGCGUGCUCAAAAGUGUUUGUGAGCUGUCACACAGCCCAUUUGACGAUCUAGAAGGGGAUUUGUACGCUGAAAUUAUACAUUUUUUCCUAACGCCGUCAGAACACCAAGCAUUCCAUGUAUCCGAGCGCAGAAUGAAACAAAAAUAUGAAUUAGCAGAACGUUUUGGAAAAAUGGGUGCAGACUGCACUAUGAUGUACCCUAAAUGUAGAAGAAGUUUUUUGAUGGAUAUUUCUGAGUUCAUAGAUGACAAUAAAAUUGACGCAAAUUGA